GACUGGCUGUGCUGUUUUUCAUGGCAAACAGGGAGAGUAGGCUACAUGAUUGUUGCAACGUUAUCAUCCAGGCAUUUCGGAAAACAUUUAGGUACCUUUUUGGAAAUUGGCUAAUUGCAGAUGUGUGUGGCCUGACCGGACAUUCAGCUGAAUUCAUUUAUUUUCGAUUCAGAGUUAUUUGCAAAACUUGUUUGCCGUCCACUAACGUUAGCGACAGUAUUUGUCAACUGCAGUGCAGUGGUUGCCAACUGUAACGUUAGCUUACGUUUGCUAGGAAGGAUAUUGUAACAGGCUAGCGUUUUACGAAGAAAGCAGAGACCGGGUGUGAAUGACACUGAAAGGAGAGUGUGGAUAAUGAUCAGGAGAAAUGGUGCCUUGCCAGACCCACGUGAUGUUAAAGUGGCAGGAACAUCUAAACAGCUCCUGGGCGGCGGAAGACAGUGUCCAGACGGCAACACGCCAGGGUGCUGCAGGCCUCUAUGCCAAGUUGCUGCACAAUAAGGAGGUGAUGGGACUGGCCCAGCCUGUGCAGGACCUGAUCGGCCCCCGCCUGCCAGACUUCCAGUAUGAGUCCAGUGCUGCAGAGGAGAAGGAGGAGUACCUCUCGGCCUUACUCCACAGCCAGCGCUGCCUGGCCCACCGUGUGCUGUCCAGGACCCCCUACGCCCUGGGUCUUCACCAUCGCCUCGUGGUCCUCCAGCGGAUCUACUAUGCCAUCCACAACAAAUACCACAACCGCUUCCGGGCGCCUUCUCCCCCACAGGCCACGGCUAGCCAGGGCAGCUGUGCCCUGGAGCCUGCCUCCGAGCCCUGGGUGCCUGGAGGGGCGUCCAGGGCUAAAUCGGGGACAGAGGUUCUGAUAGAGAUGGGUGUACGGACAGGGCUGAGUCUUCUCUUCGCCUUGCUGCAGCAGAACUGGCGGUACUCCCGGGAGGACCCGGGAGCAGCACUCUGUAACGAUGUGUUGGCCACUGCAUCCUCUGUUCUGGCUUCACUGCCGCCCCUGUCACUGGCCAAUGAGAACAAGAUCCCGGCAGUGGGGCUGGACUGCCUGGGUCAGGUGGCAGACUUCCUGAAGAAGACGUCUAUAAGCUCAGGGAAUGGCGGGGCUGACCGGGCAGGGCGCAGGCUGGCUCUGGAGCUGCUUCUGGGCCUGGCUGUGCAGAGGGGCUCCCUGAGAUUCCUGCUAGAGUGGGUGGAGGUGGCUCUGGCCGCCUCUGCUGCCUCCACCUCCUCAAUACCUUCUUCCUCUACCCUGUCUGAUACAUCUUCCUGCUUAAAGUCAGAGGGAGGAGUAGGCUACGACCUCAUCUGUCAGACACUCCUACAAAUGAGGCAAUACUCUGGUUUUCGUGGGGAUUCUCUCAAUACACAGGCCCUAAAGAAGGAUGCUGAUGGAUUCUGUAGCCUCUCCCAUGUUGCCCUCUGCCUAUUUGAAGAGAUCUGUAACCUAGCGUCCAACUGCCUGUGUUCAUGCAGCGCGGGCUCAGCCACCACUGGUGGAACAGAGAACGAUGCGAUCAUGGUGUAUGUCUGGGGCAGCAACAGCUCCCACCAGCUGGCCGAGGGCACUCUAGAGAAGAUCCUCCAACCCAAACUAGCACAGGGAUUCAGCGACGCUCAAAUGAUUGAAGCAGGCCAGUACUGCACUUUUUCUGUGUCUGCCGAUGGCUCGGUAAAGGCUUGUGGGAAGGGGAGCUAUGGCCGCCUGGGUCUUGGGGACUCCAACAACCAGUCCAUGCCCAAGAAGCUCGUCUUGGAGCCUCCAAGAAACAUGCGCAAGGUGUCCUCGUCCAAAGGCUCUGACGGCCACACCCUUGCUGUCACGGGGGAGGGAGAGGUCUUUUCGUGGGGCGAUGGUGACUAUGGGAAGCUGGGCCACGGAAACAGUGCCACUCAGAAAUAUCCCAAGAUAAUACAGGGUCCUCUGCUUGGCAAGGUUGUGGUGUGUGUGUCUGCUGGCUACAGACACAGUGCUGCUGUUACAAAUGACGGAGAGCUAUACACCUGGGGAGAAGGAGACUUCGGCAGGCUGGGGCACAGUGACAGUCAUAGUCGUAAUGUGCCUACACUGGUGAAGGACAUCAGUGGGGUAGGUCAGGCAGCAUGUGGGAGCUCUCACACCAUCGCUGUGGCUCAGGACGGACGUGUCGUCUGGUCAUUUGGAGGGGGAGAUAACGGUAAACUGGGACAUGGAGACACUAACCGUGUUUACCGGCCCAAGGUGAUAGAAGCACUACAUGGGUUCAUCAUCAGGAAAGUCUGUGCUGGAAGCCAAUCGUCUUUGGCUCUGACCUCUGCUGGACAGGUGUUUGCGUGGGGCUGUGGUUCAUGUUUAGGCUGUGGGUCCUCUGAAAGUACGUCCCUUAGGCCCAGGUUCAUCGAGGAGCUCAGUGUGACCAAGAUCAUUGACAUAUCCUGUGGGGAUAGCCACUGUCUGGCUCUCUCACAUGAAAACGAGGUGUAUGCUUGGGGGAACAACGCAAUGGGGCAGUGUGGGCAGGGACACACCUCCACCCCCGUCACCAAGCCUAAGAAGGUGAUUGGUCUAGAGGGAGUGUCAAUCCAACAAAUCACAGCUGGCACCUCCCACAGUCUGGCCUGGACUGCUGUCCCCUCCGACAGGCAGUUAGUUGCGUGGCAUAGGCCAUUCUGCGUGGACCUGGAGGAGAGUACUUUCACCUACCUCCGCAGCUUCCUGGAGCGCUACUGCGAUAGGAUAGGGGAAGAAGUGCCUGCUGCCCCCUUCCCAUCUAAGAGGGAGCACCACCAGUUCAUCCUGCUGUGUAUGAAGCUGCUGUCCAUUCACUUGUCUUUAGCCCAUGCUGGUGGCACAGGGGCCACAGUACUAGGGGCCCAAGGGAGGCCCCUCCGAAACCUGCUCUUCAGGCUUAUAGACACCAGUGUACCUGAAUCAAUACAACAGGCAGUGAUGAACACUCUGUCCGUUGGAGCGUCUCUGCUUUUGCCACCCCUUAGGGAGAGAACUGAACUGCUCCACUCCCUACUACCUCAGGGCCCAGAGAGUUGGGAGAGCCUCUCUAAAGGACAGCGGUUACAGUUGGACAUGGUUCUGAACAGCCUCCAAGAGCAGUCCCACGUGGCCAGCCUGCUGGGGUUCUACUCUCCUGGGGAGUUGACGGCUGGUCCAGGCUCAGUGGGUCCUCCCAUGGCUCUGACCUCCAGCCCUGAUCAGCCCAGCCCAAGUCCAGAGGCCCUUUACGACCACAUCCACCUAGCUGAGGUGCUCCUGAAGACCCUGCUGCUUAGCAUCGGAUUCUAUACGGAGCGGGCAUUUGGUGAGCUGGAGAAGAACAGUGACAAGCAGCAGUCCAGUCAGUCCCAGAAGCAGACUGACCCUCCCUCUCAUUUCCACCAUCUUCUCUCAGCCUUGCACAAACACCUGCUGGCCCACUGUUACAUCUACACCAGCACAGAGGAUGACAGCAGUGUGACGUUGCUCCACAAGCACCUCUGUCUGCUUCUUCCCUACGCUGCUGAAACCUUUAGGAGGUCCACCAUCUUACUGGAGGAGAGCUCUCUGGACAAACACGUCAUCCAUAGGCUUUACACGGUGCUGCUGAGUUCGGUAGCGGGCAGCCUGCUGUGCCAGGUCAUGUAUUCCCUGUUGCUGUUGCCUCUAGGGGUGGUGCGCCCACUGCUCACCCACCUGCUUUGCCUGCUGGAGCACCUUAAUGAGUUCAACUGUCUGCUGCCAGACACAGGCCUGCUUGAGGACAUGGAACUGGAAGGAGCAUGUUCGGACCUGCUGGAUACAGCAGAAGGUGCAAGGCCUGGUCGUGGAGAAGCAGAGGAUGGGUGUGUGUGGCUUCUGGACCUGGAGAGAUCUGUGGCGCUGGCAAUUGGACGAUGUCUGGGCAGCAUGCUACAGGGCCCACCCCCCUCUGUCCAGGAGAGGACCUCAGAGUACUGGCUGUGUAACCCUCUGCUCAGAAACGGACUGGAGAUGGAUUUUGAAACACUGGGCUCUAGCACGGCAUGGUUGACUGAGGCGGUGCUACUGGGCUGUUCUGAUGCCAAGAAGGCCGACCUGAGAAUGAAUGAAGAAAAGGGCAUGCUGAUUGAGCUGGCUCUGGGGUCAUCAAGAGAGCCUAUUGGAGGACUUUGGAGGAAGAUGAAGGAGUACGCCAUCAGCAGAGCAGACUGGGAUAACAGUGGUCCCUCAGAUGAUUCACUUCUAGAUACAGCAUGUCGCUGUAGCCUGGCCGCUCUGCUCAAACACACAGGGCUUCAGGAUGAGACCUGCUGGCUGGAUAAGUACGAACCAUGUAAGAUGCUAAUAGAGAUCUAUGAGGUGGUGUACAAGAUCAGAAGCACUCUGUUGGCACACAAAGAUACUCCAGUGACUUCAACCAACACACAGGGCCUGUCUAACGUUAAACAGAGUUCUCAGGGCUCACAGAUUUCUGGUGGUGAUGACCGGCAGGAACCGGGUCCCUCUGGAGUAGAACAGCAGACGGACCGGAGGAAGGACCGGGACCUUGAGGCCAGGGGUCACGGAAGCGAGGGUUUGCAGGCACUGCCCUCGGCUGCAGAGCACAACCAGGAAGAGGGACCAGAGGAGGACACGCCCAGCAUCAGCAAGGUCCUCCAGUGUUUCCUGGCCACACGGGAGGCCAUGCAGUUACAGCAGAAUGAGACAGUCUACGAGUCGUCCGGGACCUCCACCCUCCCUAGCAGCACAGAGAGCCCUGGUACCCCAGAGAGAGAGCCCCCUCACAGUCAGGAAUGGGAGUGGCAGAGGGGGUCUGAAGAUGGCUUGUCGUUCCCUGCGGCCUGUCACCUGGUGGUCUCUCGCUGUGCAUUCCUUUUACUAGGUGUGAGGCCUGCUUGGCAGGAAAUGAGCGAAGAGACAGGGCAGGCAGAAAGUGCUGGAGUCAGAAAAUCCACAUCAUCUGCAGAUUCUCUACCCAGCCCAAAAACCGAUCAAAACAGGUUCAUGAUGGAGGGCAGAAAACAAUCCGCUGACCAAUCCAGAAACUCCUUCAAGAAUAAAAUGGGUCUGCCGUUGUGUUCCCUGGGAAUCAUGAAGGACGCGUGGAAGCGUUUGCGACAGUGCAUCAGCCCCACUACCGACUACAUGUGCAAUGGCGAGGCAGGCAGCUCGUCCACUGUCCUCAGUCAGGUUUUUCACUUCUUGUGUGGGAGCCUCCUGAGGUCAACCCCUACAUCGUCAUUAUUGGAGAGAGAGGCAGGCGGCCAGGCAGACCCCAAGGCCAUCACACUGGCCAUGUACCAGCAACAGCAAAGGGCCGAGGUUCGUUUGGAAGCAUUGUGCCAGAUCUCUUCCUUCCUGUCUGAGAUGGAGGAGAAGAGCAUUGGCUCAGGUUCCUCUCCACCCCCGCGGUUCCCAGGCCUACUGCAGUCUGUUCAGCUGCAGUUCCUCUCAGGCUGCUUUGCGCUAGGAACGCCCAUCACGGGCUGUCUGUCUGGAAACAAUGACAAGAUGACCCAUUACACUACUGGUACCCAGUCAGCGUCUAUGGGUGUCCAGAGAGAACUGCAGUCGGCUGCCCACACACUCUACCAGCAGGUUGUGCGGGUCCUAAGACAGAAAGUCCUCUUGGACAGGGAACAGACAGGAUCCUACCAGCACCUCCUCCUGGCCACGGUGUUUGCUCUUAACUUCCACUAUCAGCCGGUGGAUCUGGUGGUGAUCAUUAAGUGUGGCGUCCUGGAGAUCCUUUCAUCGCUGACAGAUAACACUUGUGUACUGAUGAACCAACGUUGGCUGGCUGCCUCCGUAUCGGGACACAUGCUGUUGAGUGGAGCUGUAAAGCUGGCCUGUGCCCGUUUGCUGCAGAUAUUGGCCAUAGCUGCUAGUUCGUGUGAAGACUCUCUGCCUCUGGACGUGUCCCAGGCCCUGAUGGAUGUGAUGUGUGAGCAACUUCAGUCCUUGUUACACAUGAUCCACCAGCAGGAGGCCCUGGAGAGGAGUAAAGAACCAGACCAGGACACCUCCAACAAGAGGACCAAGAUAGAGGGUAUGGAGCUGGUACUGGGCAGUAGGGUUGUGGAGUCUCAACUCGCUGACUUCCUGGUAUUUCUGAGACGAAUCCUGUCCCUAAGGGUUACCAAGAGGUUUUCUACCUUCCUCAAGUGGGUCGAUCCACUAAUGACCAUCAUCUCACACAAGUGCUGUCCAGGUUCUCCGUGGUUCCGCAACUUAAGAACCAAACUGCUGGCCUUCCAAAUAUUGGAGGGUCUGCUACCUGCCUGUUCUGAUCCAACACAGAUUCAGCAGAUUGGUGAUCAGUUGUUCGGCCUUUUAUCUGUAUUUAUGUGGGAGGAAACUUUGGCUGUGAUGAAUAACCCAGAGAAGACAUCAAUGAACUCAAAAAGGGACCCAGGAAGUGAUGAUGAGUGCAUUCCGAUUGGGGAUUUCUCUUUUGAUCCCUACAAGCUUAUCUGUUGUUCAUUGGAGAGUGGUAACAUCCUGUCUCACGGGUCAGGAGGAAAAGGCUAUGGCCUUGCGACUACCGCCAUCACAUCUGGAUGCUUCAUAUGGAAGUUCUACAUCACCAAAGAAAACAAAGGCAAUGAAGGCACUUGUAUCGGGGUGUCACGAUGGCCCAUCCGGGACUACAACCACCGCACCACAACAGACAUGUGGCUAUACCGGGCCUAUAGCGGCAGCCUAUACCACGGAGGGGAGCUUGGACGAGCGCUGCCGUCCUUCACUCAGGGGGACACCAUCACUUGCAUCCUGGACAUGGAGGCCAGGACAAUCUCCUUUGCCAAGAACAACAAGGAGCCGAAACUGGCUUUUGAAGGGGUUGAUGCCACGGAGGUGUACCCUUGUGUCUUAUUCUACAGCAGCAACCCUGGGGAAAAGGUGACGCUGUGUGACCUCCAGAUGAGAGGCAUGCCUUCUGACCUCCUCCCCGGUGAGCCCAUGUGUUCCCCCCGCACCACCGUGCUGAUCGAGGCCACAGUUCAGCUCUUACGCAAGCUGCACCAGCGCGAUGGCCAGUGGACGCUGUAUAUCAACCAGCACAUGCAGACACGGCUGGAACUCAUUGGACCACUCAUGAAGGAUGGAGGCCUGGGAACGUUCAGACAAGGUUUGAGCCCUAAAGGAGUUGAUGAGAAGGAUAAGGAGCAGAUUGGUAGUGGGGUUGUAGAGGAGUCUCCAGGCUCGGGGAACUUGGUGAAGGGACCAUCUGGCCUCUCCGAGACCCAGCUCGUUUCUCUGUGCACUGAGGUGUGGCCAGUGCUUGCUCUGAUUGGAGGAGUGGACAGCGGGCUCCGGGCAGGGGGGCUGUGCCUGCACAAACCUAGCGGGAGAAGGGCCACUCUGCUGGGGGUGCUGAAGGAAGGAAGUCCCAUGGCCAAGCUCCAGUGGGAGGAGGCUGACCUCUCUGUCAGCUUCCUGAAUUCUUGGUCACCCAGCGACAUCCUGCUGUCCUCCCUGGAGCCCUGUGAUGUGCCCCAGUAUGACGUCAGCCAAUUCCGAGGCCUCAAACCAUCUGUCCUCUUAGACUUGAUCUUCCUGACCGGUCUCCUAGAGGAGCAGGAGGAGAGCCGUUGGUAUGGAGCGGCAGGAAAAGGCACAGGGAGAAUCAGGAAGCGUUGCUCCUCAGAGGGAAGGAGCUUCCCCAGAAGCGAGUUGGAGCGCAGGCUGGAUGAAGACAUCACCCGAGUGAUGAUGGACAACGACAUCGAGGAAGGCCCGGGGUUGAUGAGGGAGGGAGAAGGGGAGAUGGAGAGGGGCCAUCAUCCAUCCCCAGCCAGAGCACUCUCAGAGUCCUGUGAUGAUCCAGAGGAGGGCAGUACUUCCUCCUACUGUCCACCAUCCCCAGCCCCACAGACCCCCAGCUCUCAGCAGACCAAGCCCCAGCCAGAUAUCUUUUCCCUGGAGCUCCGUGCUGUUAGAGUCUCCUACCUUCUGCUGGGGGCAUUGAAAUCCCUGGCUGUCAUCCUUAGCUGUGGGAAGUUCACUGACAUGCUGCUGGUGCCAAAGCAUCAAGACCUGUCUUCUACCAGCCUGCGUACUACAAGCCCUGACUGGGCAAAGCUGGGGGGCUCUGGUUCGACACACGCACUGGCCGGAGAGGACUGUAACGCUGCUGAACUGAGGUCUGUGCUGCAGUUUGUGAUGCGGAGCAUGGUGAAGUGGGCCGUUCGACCCUGCCCCAUCAAGCAGAGUGUUUCCCUGACGGACCUGGAGAGAGCUCAGAUCAUGAUUUUCAAAGGAGCUCUCAACAGGCUGCAAGACAAAGGACCAACGGACCGAAAGGAGGCCAGCCACCACUCCUCGUCUCAGCCGGUGUCCAAGUCUUCCAGUUCCGUAUCCCUCUACAGCACCGGGUCAGAAGGCACUGCCAUCUUCGGCCAAUCCAACGGGGCAUCUGCCUCUUCAUCCACCAAUGAUCUGGCAGCUUCUCUGCUCUCAGCGUUGCAGGCUGACGGCCUGGAGAACUUUAACCCCUUCCUCCCCAUCAACCUCCUGCAGCGGAUGGUGUUGGCACGGUUCCCUACUCUAGCCGGCCUGGUUAAUAACCCCUCCAUGUUGCAUAGCCCAGGCCCUGGCUUUGGCUUGGCCAACUCAGCUUCCUGCGAGGGCUUCAUAGAGCAGCAGACCAGCUUCAUGGAGCCCUGCUCUCCUAUACAGGCCAGAAGUCAUGGCGUGGAACGGCCUCAAAUGUUUGUCCCAGUCCGAUUACUAGAAAUGGGCUUCUCUAUGAGACAUAUCUACAAGGCCAUGGAGGCAGCAGGUGUGACAGGUGAGGUAGACUCAAGGACCAUUGAGGUUCUGGCCAGCUGGAUGCUAGAACACCCACUGACUGAAGAGCUGCAGACUGAGGGCCAGCCAGCAGGGGGCUCUACCACAGAUACCCCCUCUCCAGAUGGACCAGAGACUGUUCAAUGCCCUGAGGCCCCCACUAGUGAACCCAACGAAAGUCUCCUGGCUGGUUUGGACCUGGUGGAGAGGGAGAACUUUCUGGAUGUCCAUCUGACCAGGAACAGACCUCCCCCAGCUCGACGCCAGCGCACCAACUUGGGGCACAGGGCUUCUUUCAGGAGAGCAGACUCUCCUUCCCCAAAUCCUAUCCCUCCACUGUAUAGGCAGGAUCCAGGGGUGACGGAGUGGCCGGAACGGGCAGAGACUCACCCGUUCGCAGCAGAGGAGGAGUCAGAGCUGGGCUACAUGGAUGAUCCAUACCAUGAAGAGCCCUAUGAGGAGCUACAGCUAAGAGAGUUCAUCACCUCAGAGAGAGACACCCUCUGGAUGGUGGAGGGUGGUGAGGAGCACCAUGAGCCCAACGAGAUGGUGGAGUGCGAGUUGUGCAGCACUCUGACCCUCCAGUUCAACAACCACAUGAAGCGGCACCACCCAGGCUGUGGGCAAAGUGCCGGGCGUCGGGGGUACCGAUCUACAGGGGCCUAUGUGGAUGGGUGGUUCGGUGGGGAGUGUGGGUCUGGUAGCCCCUACUACUUGCUUUGUAGCAACUGUAGAGAGAAGUAUCUGGCAGCUAACCUGGGAGAGAUAGGAUCCCAACACGACCGAAUGAAAGGUCUGGCAUCCGAUUUGAUUGGACGAUUGGACAGCACCUCAGAUGAUGACUGGGAGUUGGGGCAGUUGGAUGGCUGUGACCCAGACCGUCUUACUGGCCUGGAGGACUUUGCGUUGUUGCUGAGGCCCCUGGGUUUGAGUGAAAAGAAGCUGGUCCCAGAACCCAUCCCCUUCACAGAGAAUGACCCUCUAGGAGCGCUGGUAAAUUGCACCAGCAAUCCUGACAGGACCAUUGUCCAAAAAGGGGUGGUCAGCACAGACAAAAAUAGUUCAGGUUCCUCUGGCCCUCUGAGUCUGGGGGAGCAAGCUGCUUUGCUUAGAGACCCACAGGACAGACUACAGGCUCUGAGAAGGGUAACCUCAACCGCCCAGAUCCUGCUAGCCUACAGCAUGGUCAUGAGAGUGUUAUCGCAGACAUUAUCCAGUGCCUCAAUGUGCAGUGCCUCUAGUGGCCUGGAGGCCCUGGGUGUGGCUGACAUCCGUAUCCUGGUGCGCCUGAUGUGUCUGGCUGCGGCGGGCCGUGUCCAUACCAGCGUUUACCAGCAGGGGGUAGCAGGAGGCAGUAUGGGCUGUGGCAGCGCCACAGAGAGAAGCAGCUCUGCCUUCCUGUCCUUCCUUAGCUCUGCCAUAGGUAGUCUAGUUUCGCACAGCCCCACAGCAUAUAGGGAGCUGGUGGACAUCUGCACGCAGGAUUUAAUGGCUGCUGCCACAGGGAUGAACCUCGCUGCAAUCAGCGACCCAGGGCAGAGAGGCCGUCUGACUUCCACCAUGAAGGCAGCCCCGCACCAAGACGUGACACCCCUCACACCCCCCACUUUCCUGGUCACUCAGAGCCUGGUGUCUCUGCUCACAGAGAAGGGCAUCCGCUAUCGUUACACUCCAGAGAGAACCGUGACAGAGCCGCAUGAAGCAAAAGACCCAGAUAGCUCUCCGGCUGCAGUUCCUCCUACCCAUUUGGGGGUGAGAGUGGGCCCUCUGGAGCUGGCCAACGCCCUGGCUGCCUGUGCUCUGUCGGCAAGGCUGACCAGUAAGCACCGUCAGUGGGCCACCCAGCAGCUCGUCCAGGCACUGGCUGCCUCAGAGAGGGAGAACCCCAUCCGGCCUCAGACCUACAACGACAUGGCUGGGGACCUUAGGAAAUGUCCUCUGAAGAAGCUUGAAGGACACCAUGGGAGGGUGACUAGCUGUUUGUGGAAUAGUGAGCAAGGCCUGUUGGCCACUGGGGCUCAGGAUGGGACAGUCAGACUGUGGGAUGUCAAUCAGAAUACUCCUGACCUGCAGUGCACACACUUCUGUAGCACCAGCGAUGACUGGCAGAAUUUUGAGGCUGUGGGUGGGGCUCAUCUGUUAUCCCCAGUCCACUGGAGCUCUGGUGGAACCCUCCUUGCUGCUUUCCAGAACAAAAUCAUCAACAUCUGGGCUGUCAUAGGAUCCCGGGGUCAUGUGGAGGCUCAGCCAUCCUGGGUAACAGCCCUGUCCUGGGUGCAGACCUCCUGCCCCUUCCCCAGCCAGGGUGGCCAAGGCAGUGCCUGUAACAGAGUGCAACCAGAGAGCUUGUUGGUGGGCCGCCUGGAUGGAUCUCUCUGCUGGCUACAGGUCACUGAGGACUUGAUUGUAGAGAGCACAGAGCUCACCUGCUGCCACAGGAAAGAAUCACCGCAGUGCCUGGCAUGGCACAGUCCGGACAAGCCCUUUGCUGUUGGUUAUCCUGAUGGGAAGAUCCUACUGGGUACUGCUGGCUCCUAUGAGACGGAGCCGCCAAUACUGUUGUCGGCCUUCUCUGAGAGUAUCAGCAUCCUCAAAUGGGACCCUACGGGCCACCUCCUCCUCUCAACUGGUCGCUCUGAGGUGGUGAAGAUCUGGGGGAGGGCAGGGGGCACCUGGAUCAUCCUGCACUCCCUGUUCCACACGGGCAUGGUCAACACAGCCGAGUGGUGCCCUCUGCCAGGCCGGGGACCUGAACCACACCUCAUGAUGGCUGUGGGGAGCCAGGAAGGUCUUCUGAAUGUGUGGACUUUGCCACAAGGGGGUACCAAUGUGUCAGUUCCUAAAUUCCUGGGCAGCUCAUCCAGUCAGGAGAAGAACAGCGGGAUCAAGCGUGGCAGUGCCAAAUGUGUGUUCAGACUGAACGGCCACAUUACAGCAGUGAAGACCCUGUCGUUCUGUCCCAGCGGACUGGCCCUCGUUUCUGGUGGGAUAGGUGGCCUACUCAACAUCUGGUCUUUACAGGAUGGGUCAAUCCUACAGACAGUGGUGACAGGUCUGGGCUCAGUAGUGAGCACCACCUGGAUACCAAAUGUGGGGGUGGCGGCCUGCUCCGGGAGGUCAAAGGAUGUUCUGUUGAUCCGGUGUACACCCGACUGGAUCUCCCAAAACCACGUGUUGGCGUCCUGCCGCACCAUCCUCCGAGCACAGGGCAUUCUGGGUCUGAACAGAGCCCCUUGCAUGGCCGUUUUCCUCGAGAGACUUCCCAGACUGUUGCAAGAGCAAUACAGCUAUGAGAGGAGUCAAGUAACAGCAGGAGACCAGUUGGUCCACAGUGUAUUCCUGCAGAGUCUGGCCUCCCUUACCGUCGGCCUGUCCCUGGAACAGUACCUGUGUCGGGCCUGCCGACCCCCGCACCACCACCCUGAAACCUCGGACCACACACACUCCUGCCCCAUGGAGUGGAGCUGGCUCCAGACCUUCUCCACCACUGUUAAAAGUGCAGAGGCCAUCGCUAGGGGAACUGCCUUCCCAGAAUCCUUCUCCGUCCCGGAGUUCCAGCCAGCAGGAGUCACAGAGAUCCCUAAACCACUGGACAACAGUAAGUGGACUUUCAUGAUGGAUGAGCAGCUCAUGUCCUGGGCCACCACCAGGCCGGAGGAUUGGCAGCAGGGAGGUAAGAGUGAGGUUUUCCUGUGGGGCAAUGGGCGUCAUGGGCAGUUGGCGGACGCGGGGACCAACUUGAUGGUGCCCACCCUCGCCCCCUCCCUGUCACAGACCCAACAGGUUGUAUGUGGCCAGAACUGUACAUUCCUAGUGCAGGCUAACGGUACAGUCUUGGCUGUUGGUGAGGGCAGCUACGGAAGACUGGGGCAGGGUAACUCGGAUGACCUCUAUGCCCCCACUGUCAUCUCAGCUUUGCAAGGCUACGUGGUCACCCAGCUGGUCACUUCCUGCGGAUCAGACGGACACACUCUGGCCCUGACAGAGACAGGAGAGGUGUUCAGCUGGGGUGACGGGGACUAUGGAAAGCUUGGCCACGGUAACAGUGAGAGGCAGCGACGUCCCAAACAGGUUGAGGCGCUGCAGGGAGAGGAAGUGGUACAGCUGGCUUGUGGGUUUAAACACUCGGCCGUGGUAACAGCAGAUGGUAAGCUGUUCACCUUCGGUAGUGGAGACUCUGGACGUCUGGGUCAAAGAUCAACAUCCAACAAGAUGCUGCCAGAAAGAGUCACAGCACUGGAGGGAUAUCACAUUGGUCAGGUAUCCUGUGGUAUCAAUCAUACUUUGGUGCUGUCUUCCGAUGGCAUGAAUGUCUGGGCCUUUGGUGACGGAGAUUAUGGGAAAUUGGGUACAGGUCCCUGCACUGUAAAGUGCUAUCCUCAGAAAGUGGAGCAACUAUGCAACAAAGGAGUAAAAAAAGUUGGUUGUGGGACCCAGUUUUCUGUUGUCCUGGCCAAAGAUGGACAUGUCUACACCUUUGGACAAGAGCGGUUGAUUGGCUUACCAGACUCCCUGUUGAAGAACCACAACCAACCCCAAGUGGUGCCAGCCCUGGAGGGGGUGUUUGUCGAGGACAUCGCUGUGGGUUGCGAGCAUGUCCUGGCUCUAUGCUCUACUGGGGACCUGUAUGCCUGGGGCUGCAACUGUGAGGGACAGCUUGGCCUUGGUCACUCUAGCCCAGUGAAGGAGCCCACCCUGGUGACAGUCCUACAGGGAAAGAACAUUAGACAGAUCUCUGCUGGUCGGUGCCACAGCUCUGCUUGGACCACCCCUUCAACCUCCACCAAAGCAGGAUCAUCUGUUAGCCUCCAGCUAGGUCUACCCCAGUCAGUUCCCCCACAGUAUAAUGCUCUGAAAGAUUGCAGUCCUGAUGUCCUAAAUUUCCGCCUCCGGGUGCUCUACCACUUCUCUGACCUCAUGUACAAGUCCUGGAGGCUACUGAACCUCGACCCAAGAAAUCAGGUGUCUGCGUCUCGCUAUAGCUCAGGGACUGCGGCCAUUGUGCAAGGCCAGCUAAGGGGCCUCCUUUCCCCCAAGGUCAACACCUUGCCCCUGGUUAGAUCCAUCGGAAGGACCAUGACCCAGGGCAAGACAUAUGGCCCCCAGAUAACUGUCAAAAGGAUCUCCACCAGGGGACGCUCAAGCAAGCCCAUCUUUGUGCAAAUCGCCAAGCAGGUGGUCUCUCUGAACCCCCUGGAGCUGAGGCUGCCCUCCAGGGCCUGGAAGGUCAAGCUAGUGGGAGAAGGGGCAGACGACGCUGGUGGGGUGUUUGAUGACACGAUCACUGAGAUGUGCCAGGAGUUGCAGUCAGGCGUGGUUGACCUACUCAUUCACACCCCAAACAGCUCCACAGAUGUGGGCAGUAACACUGACAGGUUCCUGCUGAACCCAGCGGCUGCCUCUGAAGACCACAUGGUCCAGUUCCGUUUCCUGGGCAUCCUAAUGGCGGUGGCCAUCCGUACCAAGAAGCCACUGGACCUUCACCUGGCCCCCUGGGUGUGGAAGCAGCUGUGCUGCAUCCCCCUAGGAGGGCCUGAUUUGGAGGAGGUGGACCUACUCACUUACCGCUCCCUGCACGGGAUCCUGCAUCUGGACAACAGCGGCAUCAACGAGGACAACUUCCACGUGAUGAUUCCUCUGGACUCGUUUGUGGCCCACAGUGCAGAUGGGAAGCUGGUGCCAGUUGUCCCUGGCGGACACAACAUUUCCCUUACCUUCUCCAACAGGAAUGACUAUGUGGAGAGGGCUCUGGACUACCGGCUGCACGAAAUGGAUCGGCAGGUAGCGGCAGUGCGUGAGGGCAUGUCCUCCAUCAUCCCGGUGCCCCUCCUCUCCCUCCUCACGGCACGGCAGCUUGAGCAACUGGUCUGCGGUCUGCCUGAAGUCUCUGUGGAUAUGCUCAAAAAAGUAGUCCGAUACCGUGACAUUACAGACAGCCAUCAACUGAUUAGCUGGCUCUGGCAGAGCCUGGAGGAGUUUGCCAACGAGGAGAGGGUUCUAUUCCUGCGCUUCGUGUCUGGGCGGUCAAGGCUUCCCUCCAACCCAGCAGAUAUCACCCAGAAAUUCCAGAUCAUCAAGGUUGACCGGCCUGUGAAUGGACUUCCCACAGCCCAGACCUGUUUUUUCCAGCUGCGCCUGCCUCCCUACACCAGCCAGGCCAUCCUGGCCGAGCGUCUACGGUACUCAAUCCAUAACUGUCCCUCCAUCGACAUGGACAACUACAUGCUGUCUCGAAACACAGAUGCUGCUGACGAAUCCGACACGGAGUACUAAUCCUGGAGAAAAGAAUGCAUAGUAAUGAAGCCCUAAAGAGACUGAUAAUUUGCUGCUCAACAACAAUGGCUCGACAAUACUUGAAAGCACAAAGCAUUUGUCGUAUCUCCUCUUUUGCUUCAUAUUUUUACAAUUUUAUUUUAUGUGCAAUAUUCGAGUGCUAGCUUCUGGCCCUGGGCUUUAUGUGGUGCUCAUUGAGAGGUUACCCCGGGGCUGAAUAAACGACUUGCUCAGUCAGCGUGCACUGUUUGCAAGAGAGGCUCUCUCUCUCUGUCUCUCUCUGAGGUACAUUAUUUUAGUUUGUAAGCAUUUAUAUUAAUAUUCAGUUACUGCAAAGUACAGAGUAUUUAUUGUCAGGGUUUUAUUUUUUAUGAAACAGUGCAUACACUACUGAUACUUAAUAAUGUGGAAUAACCCAGUGUCUUCAGAAGGCUGAAUAUCCUUCCUAAAGGAAAUAUGAUUGUCAAUAAGACUACUUCCUACAAAGAAAAACGCUGUGAAUAAUAUUAUUAAAUACCAGGUCCUUUAUUGGCAUUCUGGCUUUCCACCAUAAUUAAGGCCUGGUACUGUACCAUCUAACUGGCUUUACUUUGCUUUUCUGGUUUGCUCUAAAAAUACCAUUGGUGCGCUAGCAGGGAUUUUUACCCUUUGGCCUUUAUUACUCCAGAAGUGGUAUGCCUAGCUAUUACCGCUCUGUUCAAAUGCUCUUACUAGCAUACCACUUAAAUAAAGGCAUGUUGGACAAAAUUCGAAGUGGUAGCUGGUUUAAAUUUCUGAAGUUAUUCUAUACUAUUGCUUAAAGAACCUUUUUGGAGGUUCCAUGUAAAACUGUGUUCUAUGUAAACUCUGUAGAAUCUUCAUUAAAAUGGGUUUUACAUGAAACCCAAAACAGUUCAACAUAGCUGCCAAAUGGAAAUCCAACAUUUUUUUUCAAAGGGAUUCCCCUGCUGGGACAGCCGAAGAGCGCUUUUAGUUUUUUGGCAGUAUAUUUAAAGAUGUAAGCUAGCUUAUGCUCUAUGGGUCAGUUAAUGUGCAGUCGUAGUAUGUGUCCAAUGCAGUCUAUUCCCUUAUGGUGUGCCACUUUAUACCGGGCCCAUAUACAGCUGGUCAAAAGUUGUGCACUACAAGGAGUAGGCAACCAAUGCAACCAUAAUGUUACUGGCAGAGCUGUGUAGGGAACAGAAACAAUGGUGAAGUGCUAUAACAAGCCUCAAUCUGUCUCCAUAUGUGUGAAGCUGUGGUUCUUGAGCUUUCCUGAAAAUUAUUCUUCAUUUGAAUUGUUUACAUUUCUCAUUUAGGAGCCACACACACAAACAGGGAAGUCUACCAGCAGUCUUUGGAGCAGCCUUAAGGUUGCUGAAUUUGUCACUAGACCGGUAAUUCUCAAAUGGGCUACGGCAGUGUGUUUGUGACUAGAACAUUUAAAAACCUUUGAAAUGUUGUGUUAUUACUAACCACAACAAAUGUUUUCACAAAUUUUGGCCAAGGGAUUUCUGGAAUAAGUAUUUAAGACAACACAAUGUAGUUGUGUUUAUUGACAGAAACGUCCACUGCAUUCCGCCAAUCAAGUUUAUUUUUAACAUGAUGACAGUUUGUUUUCUUCAAAUACAUUUAUUGUAAUUCAUGCGUUAAGUACAAUAUUUUCUUUAUGACAAAAUGUGUAAUUUUACCAGGAGAUGGACAGGGCUCAAACAUUACAGUAAAACUUUUUUUUCCGGAUUAUCGGAGUUCACCUUGCCCCAAACCAUUAAUAUAGUUAAUAGUAAAUUAGAGAGUACCUUUACAUUACAAUAUACAGUAUCUUUUUGGAUGAAUGUAUGUCCAUUAAUGCCAUGCACAUAUGAUGCACUCGACAGAUUUUUGUUGCCAAAACCGUACUGUACUCUAUGUUGCUGCAUAUUGAUCAGUGGGCUUGUGGUUUUGCAGUUUGUGAAAAGUGUAGUGUUUAACAUGCAGUGCUUUUUUCCCCUGGACCCAAGCGAAAGGAGGCUGCUUGGAAUGCAUAGGUCAAGCUAUAGAUCACGCUAUAGAUCACAAUAAGCUAUAGACCACUGGUAGUAGAUUUCUGAAUUUCAUGCUUUUGUAUGCAAUUACUUUUUAUUUAUUUUGCUUGGCACAAAACACUACAGCAUGGAUUCUUAGGAGACAAGAAGACCUUGUUGACUUUGCGUCGUCUACUGACUCUGUGCUGAAAUGUUAGUAGCAUAUAGCUACAUUAUUUUACUUUUUAAAUGAAGUGUUAUCAAGUGUUUUUGCCCUUUUUUUUUACUCAAGGAGCAACUUUUGUUUGUGAAGCGAAUUACUACAAUAAGAAGAGCUUCUGGAGAAUUAUAACAGGAUUUAAACUUAGAAUGAAAUGGUGUCAUGGUUGGUUGUUGUGAUGUGUUCACACUUUGUAGACCUGUAUACAGUGUUGCUUAAGCAAAGGGGGAAAAAAAUGUAUUAAAAGGGAUUUCUGGCAGAAAUUAGUUUGCUAUUCUGUUCCUCACUCCGAUUAAUAUCCUUUUGUCAUGCCACAUCAAGUCUUUCAGCCCAAAUGUAGAUAAGAAACUUAAAUACCCUUCUUUCAGGGAUGAUUAUGUACUGUACAAUAAAAACAAGUAUUCUAAUUAAUACUUACAGUAACAUGUUUGCAAUAACAAUCUUCCAUUAAAAAGAUGUGCUCAAAUAAAAAUAAAAAAAUAUUUUUGAUGUGCAGUGAUGUAGUUUAUUUUGAUUAAAUAAAUACAGCAUUUUGUUGUCCUGAAUAUUAAAGUUGGGGAGGAAUGGUAUACAAAUAUAUUUUCUGUUGGACUGUCCCAUUUAUGAAACGGCAGUAUUAUGUAAAUUAAACCUUGUGUUUAAAUGAGGACUUUGGUAUCAGUUACUUUCAGUUUCAAUUAUUUCAUGACUGUGAGACUCCUGUGAGAAAACAAGACACCAGGCAAGCCUAGUUCAGCCGGCCCGCAAUAAACGCACGUGAAAGGCUGUGUAAUUAACCAUUGCACCAUGGUGCUAUACAUUUGCCUGGUGUCAGUAUAGCCUCUUGUCUCUAUCCUUUCAUGGCAAAACAACAUACUUUUUUCUUUCAUUUGUGAAUUACAUUUAUACAAUAACUAUCAAUAAAGGCGACGAUAAGUAACUUUAUCAUCAAGUGAAAGGACGAGAGAAUCGUGGAA